CUACAAGGACACAAAUUUCAGGACUGUAAUGAACACCCUGGAGCCCCUUUGGCCAUCCCAUGUAGUGGAGUAUCAACAAAGGAAUGUAACUACAAUCAACAACCAGACCAUCUCCACCUCAACGGUGGCAUUUGCUACAGUCAUCAACACUACAGUCGCGUACCACACGGACCUGUUUGCCACUGCCACCUGGGAUGUAGCUGCUACUACCUACCAGACCAUGGAGUUCCAGCACCAGAGUGUCAUAUAUACUGACAAAGCAAAUAUCACCCACACUGUUAUUGAGGAUAAUGAUUUACCCUUUGUCUAGCUACUGUGACUUAGUUAAAAUAGUAGCCUGGUUUCUCUGGGGGCUUUGGAGGCAGAUUAAAAACACUGGUUGAAUCCCUUGAUAUUAUGAUACUGUGUAUUAUUAUUAUAAUCAAAAAGAAGCGCUAAGCCAUGAUACUGUGUAAUAACAUUCGUUUACUCCUCUGAAAGAAAAAUUCCUUUAAAUUCAAUUUGGGCUUAGCACUUCAUUUUAUUAUUUUUUUUAACACUGCUCUCUUGGUUUAAUUUACCUUGCAUGUACUGGAAUUGCCUGUAAUGAUCAGAUGAAAUGGAUUAGGAGUACAGUUCCUUUUUAUCUAAUACUUUGUAAGAAAUGGCACUUAAUCUACGUAAGAACUACUUUCAGUUUGUUAAUACUCCUAAAUUUGUGACCCAUACAGAGUGAAUUUUGUGAAUACAAAAACUCUUAAAUGGCAGAACAGAAAAAAAAUUAAUGCAUGUUUAUUGUCUGCAUAGUGUUAUGUAAGCUCAGUGGUUAUACUGUAUUCUGUAUAUAAUUUUUUUUUUACAUGUAGGGUUAUUAAAAUUAAUAAUAUCCUGUAUUUUGUUAUUCAUAAUACCUUUAAUGGUUAUCUAAUUAGUACACCCUUUUGGAUUUAGUGCUAUAGUUUGAUUAUAUUUGGGUAGUUUAUGUAAAAAUUUAUAAUUUAUGCAUUUUGUGUAUGAAUUUAGAAGAAAACCAUUUCUCAUUGUAAAUAAAUGUGAAUUUGUGCAUAGUCAUUGGAUAUCUGUGACACUUCUAAGAUUAGUGCUUAUUUUUUUAUUAUUUUAUUAUUGGAUCUUUGAUUCUAUUGUGUUAUACUAUAUAAGCAAUGUAAAAUAAUUGAUUGAACUUCAAAAUAUAAAGCAAGCAAAGAUCUUUUUUCCCCCCAUUUUGUAUACACUUUCGAACAAUUGCUAUAUGACCCCUACAGGUUGCUCUUCCCAAUGAAUAAUAAACAUCCUAGCUGUGCAUUUCCUGGUUUAGCACUUUUUAUAAAAAAUUGAAUUUCCUGAGAAAAUGUUAUAAUUUUUCACGAAAGUCUGUUCAUAUGGCUCCAUAUGUAUUUCCCUUUACAUUAAAAUUAAUAAUUUUGUUCUUUGCCUUUAAUUACGAUGUCAUCUGCUUAGUGUAGUGUUUAUUCAGCUUUGUUUACCUGUCAUAAGUGGCUCAAGGGAGGCAAGGUACAAGACAACUGUGAUUCCAUUAAUAAAUUUUUUUAUACUA